AUGAAGCUGGUGGAGCUGAGCCGACACGUGCUGGAGCUGGCGCUGGACCUGCUCUGGACACACCUGGACGUGUACCUGGUGCGGACGGCGCCCGAGGCUGGCGCCGCGCCGCUCCGGCCCGCCGCCAGCUGCCAGCUCUACGGUCUGGCCGGCGGCGACGGCGACUCGGCCGGACCGGUCGGCGCCUCGCUGCUGGCCCAGCUGAAGCGGGAGCUGCCGCAGGCGGUGACGGACACCCUGCUCGGCCAGGUGGAGGCGGCGCUCCAGCACCCACUGGUGGGCCGCAGCCACUACAGCUUCUCCGAGGCCAUGGUGCGGCGGCUCCGACGUGUGACGCGCCUCCACACCGGCGCCUGAUGACGUCCGGUGGCGUCUGAUGACGUCUGGUGGCGUCUGAUGGCACCCGGUGACGUCCUGUGACGCCCGGUGACGUUCUGUGACGCCAUGUGACGUCCUGCGAUGCCCGGUGACGCUCGGUGACGGCCUAUGACGCCCGGUGGUGUCAUGCGACGCCUGGUGACACUUGGUGAAUUCGUGUGACACCGGACGAUGUCCUGUGACGUCCUGUGACGCCCGGUCAUGUCCGGUGACACCGGCUGACG